UCUGGUUGUUCCGUGCUUGCGUAAAUAAAACAAACCUGCCUGCCUUGUCAUGUUGUGAGCCGACAACCUCUCUUUUACACCAAUCAUCGUCGCCAGACAAAUACUUCACUACUUGCACACUCCGACUACUAUCACUAACUCUACCAUCACACAAGCCCUCGAAACCCUCACUCACUCACUCACUCACUCCACCACUGCCAAAAACGAAGACGGAUCUUUUGCUAACGCACUGCUGCAAGAUACACAGGAGACCCUCCGCCACCACUCUAUCCUGCCUAUAAGCGUGGGUCUAGACACAGGCAGGCCUGUUUGACUCUGUGACGACCGUUCCCUCCGCCUGCCGAACCCCACACCCUCGACUCGUACGCGCAAAGCGCAAGAAGGUGCAUAACGCAAACACGACACAGGCGCAACAAAAUCCUACCCCCCGCUUCCUACACGUCUCUAGCCCGGACAGCAUGCCUGACGGCGCUGUGCAGUUCUGCGUCGAGGAUACCAUCGGACUCAAGGAUGAUAGCACCCAAGUGGGCGUUGUCGACCGGGCCUUUGGUGACGUCGAUUCCCACGAACCCCGCCCGCAACGCGACUACGAAGACGAUAUCAUACGGCAUGAUGACAUACCGGAAGAUGACUUCAUGAAGUUUCUACGCUCCGGCAUCCCCCCACGCGGCACCGUCCUCGUCUCAUGGCAAACCGCAGUCAAGACGGAAUUAAUACCAGAGAGUAGACUGGAAUUACUGGACCGGGCACUCUAUGUGGGAGACGUUGUCAAGAAAAACGCAAAAGACCAUAUGAGUGGAACGGUGAUUGGGAAGAACGUGACUUGCAAUCUGUUUCCCACAGCCUUUUUCAACGGCGGCCAAGUCAGUCAUUCAGUCAUAGAAGAGCGCUCGAUACGGCGCGUGCCCGUCGAGGAGAUCAUAAACUGUCACGAAUAUGUGGAAGGUGCGCUAGCCUUGUAUGGCGACUGGGUGGGCCGCAUAGAACAGGUCUAUGACGAAGUCGCGGUCAAAUUAAGCAACAAUUCGGUCGUUGUCAUCGAGAACGCGGAUGAACUAGAGCCGGAUGAUACCACCAUGGAUCGCCUCAGUGUCGGCGACAUGAUUACCACUAAGAAAGGGACGUUGAGAAGAGGAAGGUGGCGGUAUGGAGUCUACGAUGCCAACAUACGACCUCGAGGGAUGGUCGUUGAGACACGGACGGUCUGGAUCAGUGUGCAAUGGCUCGCAAAGAAAUUUGGCGCUGGAGGAGCGAACGUGGGCGGUCGCAGCAUUGAGCCACCAUCAGAGCUAAGCCUUGACGAACUGGAAAGUGGAAGAUUCCGCGUUUACGAUGCCAGCGGCAACUCAAGCAGCACCCUCCCACUCAUGGCCAACGGCGUGGAUCAUUCGUACCAUGUCGCUGAUAUAGCCGUGGCGGACCGAGUACGAUUCAAAGACCUUGCUGGAGCUGCCGUAAAGUAUGAUGGGACUACACUACUAACUGAUGGCAAACCUCAGGGGAAAGUCACAAAGAUCCCGCGCACCGAGACCCUGGGAAGCGACAUGAACGUCUACCUCUGCUUGCAGUCCCACACACGGGUCACCGUUCAGUGGCAAGAUCUCUCCGUCACCGAAGAUUAUAGCUCUAGCUUCAUUCCAGACCCCAACGUUGAAGACGACGACGAAGUUUGGCCAGGAGAAAUCGUCUGUACCAAAGAGCAGCGCGAGAAGGCCGCGGAUGUGACAUGGACCUUCGAGCCAAAUAAAGUCGGUGUCGUUCAAUCCGUCAAUUCCCGAGAUCGGAUUGCGUCAGUUCGGUGGUUUAAGAAUCCUAACAUUAGGUUCUUAGGGGACGACCUCAUCCCACCAUCAGAGACGGGGUCAUUGCACACUGCAACUGAAGAUGUGAGCUUGUACGACAUUCGCUCCACCCCCAGUCUGACGCGGCGACGUGGCGACUUCGUUCUCAUUCAUCCUGAUUCCAUCCCGACCUCAGUACAUGACUCCUCCGAGCCCACGUGGUUUGGUGAAGUGGUCGACUUGGGAUUGGACGGCCAACUCACGAUCAGGCUAGGGGCAGCAAGGCCGGUGAUUGAUAUACAACUUCCUGCCGAGCGCGUGACCCUUGUUUAUAGCAGUGAUAUGCCUGACAGCUCCCUAGGCAAUCUCAUGCAAACCCUUGAUGGAGACUCUAUCGAAGACUCGGAGGAAGAAGAUCUUUCCGAUUUCGAUAACGCAUCGUUCAACGACAUGUGGAUCGAGUAUGAAGGCGCACAGCCUGUUGGUAACGUGGAUGAUGACGACUGGUCGACUGAGGACGAGGAGUCUGAUGAUGACGAGUCAAUGCCAGAUCUAGCGCCUGCAGACAAUGUUGAAACUUCGAAAACCACGCCAGAAAUCCAGUCCGAUGCUGAGCACCAUUCGACCGAUCCAUUGCUUCAGCCACAGCCAGGCGUCCAUCGUUCUUCCUCGAAGUCAGAAGAUCUCACAUUAGGUUCGGCAGAUUUCAACGCAGACGUCGAUCCGGAUGCGCCCUCGCCCUUUCUGGUACUGGACAGCGAACCUCCGUUAGAUCACCGCUAUCUUGAUGUCCCAGUAGUUAACACGCCAGGUUUCACCAAACGCAUUGCAAAAGAACACAAAAUACUUCGCUCCGCAUUACCCCCCGGGAUCUUUGUUCGCACCUGGGAGUCGCGCCUCGAUGUCUUACGGGUCCUAAUGAUUGGACCCUCUGAUACGCCGUAUGAGUUCGCGCCGUUCAUCAUUGACUUCCACCUAAGUGCUUCAUAUCCUGCGCAGCCACCUGCAGCCUUCUUCCACAGCUGGACUAACGGGAAUGGACCGGUCAACCCGAAUCUUUACGAGGAUGGGAAGAUCUGUUUGAGCCUUCUUGGAACAUGGCACGCAGACGAGCGCAACGAAUCCUGGUCCCCCGCCAAAAGCACCUUGCUCCAAGUGCUAGUGUCCCUGAUGGGCCUCGUGCUCGUAAAAGAACCGUACUACAACGAAGCCGGGUACGAUGUCCACCGCGCAGCUCCCGAGACAAAGCUUAGCAGCGCCCUUUACACCGAGCGUGCAUACUUCCGAGCCCGCGCUUUCAUUACCCACGCGCUCGAAAACAACAUCUCGCCCUUCUCCGAAGAGAUCAAGUAUCUGUAUCUCAGCAACAAGGAGAACGCCCCGCGCUUACUAGACAGCGCAAUCCAGGCCUCGAAAGAUAUCCUCACGCGCAGUCAAAACAGCGCGAACGAAGAGGAACGCGAUGGCCUCCGCAAGAUCAGCCUCGGCGCCACAGUCAUGCUGAAGCGCCAAUUAGACAAGCUCGAAAGGCUCCGGACCGCAAAUUCGAAGUAAAGUCGAACUUAAAUCACAUGUACUGGUACUGUAGGAAUAGAAUUCAAAAUAUCGCAUCUUGGACGGCGCCUUGACUUUAUGGAAAGGAUCGGAUCGGAUCAUGGAGGUCAUACCCAUUAGUGAUUUGUUUGGGAGGGCAUGUGUGGGUGGGAUUGGUGUUUACUCUUCAUGUGACUUUCUAAUACGAGUGAAUAGGAUAAUGUAGACAUCGACCGAUAUGGCUGUGCAGUGUAUAUAGUCUCGCUGGCUGUUUCGUCAGGGGGGUGCAUGCACAUUUAAUAUAAUGGUCUAUCCUGA